UGAAAAGGGAAAACCGUAAGGAAUGGAUGGAUCUGCAUCCACCCUCGGUCAAAAUGUUGUUUUAUUUUUAAAGGAAUUUCUUCUGAACUCUUGUGACUUCGAAAGGGUGGCCGAGACGACAAAAUGGUCUCCAGUGCCAUUUCUAGAGAGAGGAAGAAAUGAAGAACUGGUCGUGCAUUCCAAUGUUGUUAUGUAUUUGUAAACAAACAAACAACCAGAAGAUGUAGGGUCGACAUCGAAAUAAAGAAAUACUCGAUCUGCUCAAUUGAAUGAUAUCUGUUUAUGUUACUGGGGAUCAGUAACCUCUCUUUAAUUGAUAAUUCUGUCUAGAAUUUUGAAUGAUGAUGGAACACAUUCAUUUGGUUCCGUCUGAUGACGAAGACCUUUAUUCUGGAUACAAUGAGUAUCCAUCAGCACUUAACACCAACAUGUUUAAGGAUGACGACAUUAUUCAAGAGGCUCUGAGAUCGAGUAUGGGACGAAGACCUCCGAUAUCAAUGAAGCCCACCACUGCAUCUCGCCUUGGAACAUCAACUGGGUUUAGAGGAAGCACUGCCAUGAGGCCGUACACUGGCUCUCUUGAUGGUGUAAACCGGCCAAUGACAGCUGUGAGGGGCGCUGGUUACACCUCAAAUAGAGUGGGAUCAGGCUCAAGCCAAAUGUUUGAUCCCUUGAACCAAGCUGCUAGUGGUCCUGCACCUCCACUAGAAACCAAAAAAGAAGACACACCAGAAGAAAAGAUAAAAAAGGCUGAGCGACGUAUUAUGGAAUUGAUAGAGGAAUCUUGCUUUGCUAAUAACUCAGGAGAUAUGCGGUUGGCUUUGGAAAGAGCUAAAGAAGCUUCAACGAAGGAAAGAAGUUUAAUUCGAAUUCAGGAUCAAGCUGGUCUAUCAGAGACACACAAUUUGGACUUAACAUUUUCUGUAUUAUUUAAUUUAGCCAAUCAGUAUGCUGCAAAUGAAAUGUUUUCUGAAGCUCUGAAUACAUUCCAAGUUAUAACCAAAAACAGGACAUUCAGUAAUGCAAAUAGGCUUAAACUAAACAUGGGCAAUAUUUAUUUAAAGUUAAGUGAUUAUGACAAGGCUGUCAAAAUGUACAGAAUGGCUCUAGAUCAAGUUCCAACAACUCACAAAGAACUGAGAAUUAAAAUAAUGCACAACAUUGGAGUUUUAUUUGUAAAAAUGAGUCAAUUCACAGAGGCAUGCAGCAGUUUUGAAUACAUUAUGCAAGAGAAGCCGGAUUUUCAUACAGGUCUGGAUGUUAUUGUAUGUUAUUAUGCAUUGGGAGAGAAAGAAAAAAUGAAAAGGGGGUUUCAGGCCCUUGUUGAAGUCCCUUUGAACAUUGAUGAUGAAGAUAAAUACAGUGCGACUUCAGAUGAUCCAGCUUUAAACCUUGCCUUGGAGGCAAUAAGAAAUGACUCAUUACGCCAAUUAGAAAGACAGAUGAAACAAAAUGCUGAACGAUCCAUAUUAACAGCAGCAAGACUUAUAGCCCCUGUUAUUGAUGAUACAUUUUCAGCUGGAUACACCUGGUGUUUGGAAACAUUAAAAGCUUCCAGCUACGCUUUUCUUGCGGCUGAACUUGAAAUUAACAAGGCUGUCAUGUUUCUCAAACAAAAAGAAAUCAAUCAAGCAGUUGACACACUGAAGGCAUUUGAAAAGAAAACUGAAUCUAAGAUUGUGAGCAGUGCUGCUACAAACCUUGCAUUUAUCUACUUUUUGCAAGGCGACAUUGAGCAGGCCAAGAAAUUCAGUGAAUCUUCCCGAACAGCUGAUGGUUAUAAUGCAGCUGCCUUUGUAAAUCUCGGAUGCUGCAGCCUGGCUGCAGGUGAUCUUGAAAAGGCAAAGGACUUGUUUCUUUGUGCACUGGAAAAUGACGCAUCUUGUGUUGAAGCAUUAUAUAAUCUUGGUCUGGCCAACAAGCAGCUAGGCUUACAUGAGGAUGCUUUGGAUUGCUUUUUAAAACUUCAGGCUAUUGUUCGCCAUCAACCUGAAGCUCUGUAUCAACUUGGUCACCUGUAUCAGCUGCUUGGUGAUGUGGAUCAGGCUGUAGAAUGGUUUUUACAAUUGCUAGGAAUAGUGCCUACAGAUCCAGGUAUUCUGCAAAAGUUAGGAGAAAUAUUUGAUAGUGAUAAUGAUAAACAACAGGCUUACCAUUAUCAUUUUGAGUCUUAUCGUCACUAUCCAUCAAAUUUUGAAGUGAUUGAUUGGCUUGGGUCCUAUUUUAUUGAGCUACAAGUAGCAGAGCGAGCCAUAUCAUUUUUUGAAAAAGCAAGUGUUAUUCAGCCCGAUGAAAUGAAAUGGAAACUUUUAAUUGCAUCAUGUCAUAGGCGUGCUGGAAACUACCAGCAAGCUCUGGCUACAUACAAAGACAUACACAAGCAGGCACCUGAAAAUAUUGAAUGUCUCAAGUUUUUAGUACGCUUGUGCUCAGACAUGGGAUUGAAAGAAGCUGCAGAUUAUGGUCUUGAGUUAAAAAAGGCUGAAAAAGCAAAGGAGAUGAGGAAUCGCGUUGGAAGUGGCAGGCCAGGAUCUAUGAGAAGCAUUGGAAGUGCCCAGUCUUCCAGAGCAGGCUCUGGUUCAGGCAAAAUAGUUUUGGGGAGCAAUCCAGGCUCUGCCAAUGUACAAGAUUUCCCUCGAGGUUCAACCCCUAUUGUUGAAGAGCGAUAUAGUAGAAAAAGUGGCAGAGAACUUGAUGCCAGUUACUCGGAUCCCUUGGGGCCAGCAGUUGAGAGGCCGAGAACAUCGGCUGGUCCCCGGCAGAUUGCUGAUGAUGAUUUUGGGGAUGAUGAGCUUGGCGAUGACCUGCUCCCUGAAUGAUGACAAUUAUUAGUAUUGCAAUGCACUGUAAUUCACGCACCCUGUGAUUUUCAUGUUUGUGCUUUGCUUGCCAUAAGUUCACUUCCACUUCUGUCAUUUCCAUUUCAAAUCAGUGCGCAAUCCUUCUUGAAGAAUUGCAAUUUGCAGACAGUAUUUAACAACAAAAUCUAGUCAUUGUUUGAACCUAACUUUGAAUAAAAGCCAAAGAAUGUUUUUA